AUGCCUGACAUCCGGUCAUUCUUUGGGCCAAAAGGCGGUGCUGCACAGGCCAAGCCGGCGGUUUCAAAGAAAGAAGAGGAUACGGCAGCUAAGAAGGGCCGUGGAAGAGCCCGCAAGGUCGUGGAGGAAAGCGACGAUGACAAUGUGGUCGAGGUAAAGAACUCAGCAAAGACCACACCGAAGAAGACGAAAGGUGCAUCACAGCCUGUCGAAGGGGUUGAGAUCUCUGCCAGCGACUACUUUGCCUCGACCAAGUCGAACCAGAAGCCCAAGACACAAACGACACCUGCCAAGGCUGCCCCGAAGAGCCUCCCGAAAACCGAAGUUGAAAUCCGCGUAAGCCCAAGGAAGAAGGAGAACGUAGCUUCUGCAUCGGAGCCUGUUAAGAACGGUCGCUCUGCUACGGCAACAGAACCACCCGCAAAGAAGAAGCGGUCCACGGCCGCGUAUAAAUCAUACGACCUCGACGACGAUGAAGACGCGUACAAUGACGACGAGGACGGCGGUGACGACAUUUUUGCGGCCGACGGCAAGAGGGGAAAGAGAAAGAACGACGACUAUGUGGAGGAAGACGACAGCGAGGAAGACGACUUUGCGCCUAAGCCUAAGAGAGUCGCCUCGCGCAGUGCUAAGGCUGCCAUCACGAUCGAUUCCGAUGAAGACGAUUUCGAGCCCGCACCGAAGAAGGGCAAGACCGCAUCGGCAAAGAGUAGCAACGCGGCCGGUAGUCGGACGCCAUCCGCGGUAAGCAAGAAGCGCAAGACGCCAGAGUCAGAGUCGGAUGUCGAUCUCUCGCCUGUCACAAAGCCGAGGAAGAAGGCCGCCACGACAGCCACUACAACGGCUGCCUCUAAACCAAAAACGCCCGCUGCCUCGACUCCGAAAAAAGCUGCUGCCACCAAGGCUGCCGCCAGCGGCGCGACCAGCAACUCCUCCGUUCAGGCCAUCUUGGAUUCCAUCCCGCUGAUCCAACCCCCCUCACCACCGCCCAAGGACGGCAACGCGCCCAAGUUUAACUGGCGAAAGGCAGCUGCUGGCGGCGGUAACUCUGGAGCUCCGCCAAAUGCUGGCGCUGUGGAGAUACCGGAGGGUGAGCCAAAUUGUCUGGCUGGCCAGACUUUUGUUUUCACUGGUCUCUUGAAGACGAUUAGUAGAGACGAGGGCCAGGCUCUGGUCAAGCGGUACGGUGGCAAGGUCAUGAGUGCGCCGAGCAAGAACACUGGCUGGAUUGUGCUGGGCGACGAUGCUGGUCCCAGUAAACUCGCCAAGAUCCAACAGUUUGGUAUUCGUACCAUUGACGAGACCGGCUUGUUUGAGAUGAUCAAGCGCCUGCCAGCCGGCGGCGGCGACAGCAAAGAGGCCGAGAAGGCUCGCGAGAAGCAGGACAAGGAACUGGAAAAGAUCCGGCUGGCAGCCGAAGAGAUGAACCGGGAGGAGGAAUCCAAGAGACUUGCAGCCGAAAGGGCCGAGAAGGCUGCUGCCAAAGCUGCUGCAAAGGCGCCCGCCGCAAAUGGGAAGACCGGCUCUGCUCAAGCUGCUGCUCGCCCCCCACCCGCUGCUAAGCCUGCCCAUCCGGCAAGCUCCCAGCAGCUCUGGACGACCAAGUAUGCGCCGACGCAGUUGACCCAUAUCUGCGGCAACAAGGCGCAGGUUGAGCGGAUUGCGGCAUGGCUGAAGAACUGGCCAAAGGCCAAAAAGUACGACUUCAAGAUCAAAGGUGCUGACGGCUUGGGCAACUCCCGCGCCAUCAUUAUUUCUGGCCCCCCUGGCAUCGGCAAGACGACGGCGGCUCACCUCGCGGCCAAGCUGGCCGACCACGACAUUAUCGAGAACAACGCCAGUGACACGCGCAGCAAGAAGAUGGUGGAAAACGGCAUUGGCGACGCCAUGGACAACACGUCGCUCAUGGGUUUCUUUGCUGCCGACGGCAAGAAGGUGUCUACGGAAAAGAAGAACAUUGUCUUAAUCAUGGACGAGGUAGAUGGUAUGUCUGCUGGUGACCGUGGCGGCAUCGCGGCGCUCGCCAAAUUCUGCCGGAAGACUGAGGUACCGCUUAUCCUCAUCUGCAACGAGCGGCGUCUGCCCAAGAUGCGGCCGUUUGACAACGUUGCUUUUGAUAUUCGCUUCAACCGGCCGACCGUCGACCAGAUUCGCUCGCGUAUCAUGACCAUUUGUCUCCGUGAAGGCCUCAAGAUGCCGACACAAGUGGUCGAUGCUCUGAUCGAGGGCACUGGCAAGGACAUUCGGCAGAUCAUCAACAUGUUGUCUACUGCCAAGCUUGACCAGACCACUAUGUCGUACGACGAUGGCAAGGCCAUGACCAAGGCGUGGGAAAAGCACGUGGUGCUGAAGCCGUGGGAUAUUUGCCAGAAGCUGCUUGGCGGCGGACUGUUUGCCCCUGCGAGCAAGGCCACUCUCAAUGACAAGAUUGAGCUGUACUUCAACGACCACGAGUUCAGUUUCCUGAUGAUCCAGGAGAACUACCUCAGCACGCGACCCCAGGCACUUACCAACAGCACGCCGCGCAGCAAGCGGGAGGCCAACCUCAAGUACCUGGAGCUUGUGGACAAUGCGGCCGAGAGCAUCAGCGACGGCGACCUCGUGGACCGCAUGAUUCACGGUCCCCAGCAGCAGUGGAGUCUGAUGCCGACGCACGCUGUAUUCAGUUCGGUUCGCCCAGCCAGCUUUAUCGCCGGCCAGCUGACGCACUCGGGCUUCACCUCGUGGCUUGGCAACAACAGCAAGACGGGCAAAUUUGGCCGACUUCUGCGCGAGAUCCACUCGCACAUGCGGCUCAAGGCGUCGGGCGACCACAACGAGAUCCGCCAGCAGUACCUGCCCGUUCUCUGGUACCAGCUUAUUAAGCAACUGGAAAAUGAGGGCAAGGAUGCUAUUGACGGUGUCAUUGAGUUGAUGGACAAUUAUUACUUGACACGAGACGAUGUCGAUGCCAUCCGGGAGCUUGGUCUGGGGUACAUGUCCGAGGACACUGUGAAUAUUGAUUCCCAGACCAAGGCCGCCUUUACCAGAACAUACAACGGCAUGGCCCACCCGGUUCCGUUCAUGAAGGCGACCACGGCGACGGUGGCGAAAAAGACGGCGCGCGAUGCUCCCGACUUGGAGGAAGCCAUUGAAGAGGACGACGACGGCGACGUCGUCGCCGAGCCCGUUGAUGAGGAGGACGAGGAGCUAGACCUGAAGAAGGACAAGUACAUCAAGCAGCCCAAGGCUAAGGCUAAGCGUGCGGCGCCCAAGAAGAAGGCCGCCAAGGACGACGGCUUGGAUGAGGAAGAGGAGGAGGCGCCCAAAGCGCGCGGCAAGGGCAAGGCGACGGCGCCCAAAAAGACGGGAAGAGGCAAGAAGUGA